UCCACUUGUCCCGGUCUCUCAGACUGCGUGUCCUUUCCCAUCUGGCCCUUCGAGUGAUAUAUUCGAGCUAUCCGCCUUCAAGUAUUCUAGGUCCCCCUCCUCGACUCUCCCUAGAUUCCUCACUCGCAUCCACCCUCCGGCCCUAGGCUACAUAGCCUAAACCCUAUAGACCACCCCAUCUUCUUCUACUUUGGUUCAUAUCCCUCUUCACCCCACGUCUUUGGCUGUCACUUGGCAAUGGCGCCCUCUGCAACGGUUGAUAUUACGCCAAUGCAGCUCCCCGUCUACUCGAAAUGCUCAAGUAAGAUCAACGCUUCCGUCUUACAUGGGCCUCGAGACUUGCGAUUGGAGGUCAGAAAUAUCGAGGAACCUGGCGCUGGAGAGCUACAGAUUGCUAUCAAAGCUACGGGUAUCUGCGGCUCAGAUGUUUCUUACUACAAGAAGUUUGCCAAUGGAGAUCUAUGUGCUUGCGCUCCACUCUCUCUGGGACACGAAUCGUCCGGCACAGUCAUGGCUGUUGGGCCUGAGGUCAGCGGCUUCACAGUCGGCGAUCGCGUUGCUCUAGAAGUUGGCAUCCCUUGUGGCCAGUGUGGUAUCUGCAGGAAAGGCAGGUAUAAUCUCUGCAAGAAGAUGAGGUUCAGGAGUAGUGCCAAGAGCGUUCCUCACUUCCAAGGAACUCUCCAGGAGAGGAUAAAUCAUCCAGCAGCGUGGUGUCAUAAGCUCCCUGAUCACGUCUCCUUUGAUGCUGCUGCCCUCCUUGAGCCCCUGUCCGUUGCCAUCCAUGCAGUAAAUCGUGCCAGCCCUGCCCCGGGCUCCACAGCCCUUGUCGUGGGCGCUGGAACGAUUGGUCUUCUGACAGCUGCAAUGGCGCGCCAAGCUGGCUGCACAUCUGUUACUAUCACUGACGUGGAUGCUGGCCGUGUUGGCUAUGCGCUGAAGAGAGGCUUUGCCACCCACGGAUUCGUUGCCCCCCCUCCUCGGCAUCCGACAUCUAACAGUCCACCCAGCCUCACAAAUUCUGGGAGCUCCACGCCUCUGGAUCUCGGCCAACUAACACCAGCCAGCCCAUUCCCGAACUCUAUUCACGACCAACUCGAAGGCGCUAAGGGUCUAGCAGCGGAGAUUCUCUCUCUAACGAGACCGCCGUCGGAUUUGCGGAGUGACGACGAAGAUGAGGGUGUCGAUAUUGCAUUUGAGUGUACCGGCAAGGAGUCUUGCAUGCACACCAGUCUCUACGCCACACGGCCAGGCGGUAAGGUUAUUAUGGUCGGCAUGGGGACCCCAAUCCAGACUCUCCCGAUGUCUGCCGCACAUCUGAGAGAAGUCGAUAUUUUGGGGAUUUUCCGAUACGCAAACACCUACACGACCGGGAUAAGGUUGCUCUCUUCUCAGGGGUAUGGCGGAGCCGGCUUCUGCCUACCGAGUCUAGAUGACAUGGUAACGCAUCGGUUCAAAGGUCUCGACGCCGCUAAGAACGCUUUCGAACUCGCUAGCAGAACUGUCGACGGCGACGGCAAGCUCGUGCUGAAAGUCGUCAUUGAAAUCUGACGCGCCACUUAUUCACAACCCCGAGUACUCAGCGUAGCUUGCUGGUCUGACGUCAUCGCGAUUUAGAACCAUACUACCAUCUACGCUGUAGCUUUUAGAGAAUCAGGAAAUAAGACGUUACAUGGGUGAGGGAAAGGGGGGGGGGGGGGAUGCCAAGCCCAGCUGGGGUAGCAGGAAUCUUUCAACCUGGGAGAAGAAAUUAACGACUUUCCAGCUCACGAACCUGAUAACGAUCCGUUUCUUGCCUUGUUUUCUCUUACGUUGCUAUCCAUCAUGAUACAGCAUAUGACAGGGUUAGGUAGGCGGGAGUUAGUCCGUGGGGCUGGCUGGUGUUGUACGAACCAGAGGAGGUAUGUAGCAUUCGUAUUAGGCGCAGAAAUCGCCCUAUACCCUAUUGUGGGGGUUGACGGUAG